AUGGAUCAACAAAUGACUAACAUGAAAGCCAAAAAUGAAGCAAGGGAAGCAGAGAGAGCUAUAGCAGAAGUAGAGAGAGAAGCAAUGGUAGCACAGAGAGAAGCAGCGGCAGCACAGAGAGAAGCCUUUGUCAUUGGGGAAGUGGACAACACCCGUCGGUCAUCGGGUAGAUCCGGGUUGACCCGUGACCUUUUCGAUGCUGUUCCAAGCUUUGGUGUUAACAGGAAGAAAAGGAUGGCUAGACAGAGGAGAUCAUCUUCCACCAUCAAACUUCUCUCUUUUACCAACUCCUCCUCUAGUUGCUCUUCGCACGUGCCUCCCCCCACACGUGUUAUUGAUCCGAAGAGAUUGAGAUUCCUUUUCCAGAAGGAACUUAAGAACAGCGACGUAAGCUCCCUCAGAAGAAUGAUACUCCCCAAGCGAGCGGCGGAGGCUCACUUGCCUGUCCUCGAGUCCAAGGAAGGGAUUCUUAUCAGCAUGGAUGACCUUGAUGGUCUGCAUGUAUGGAGCUUCAAGUAUAGGUUUUGGCCUAACAACAGCAGCCGCAUGUAUGUGCUUGAAAAUACUGGGGAAUUCGUUAGCACACAUGGAUUACAACUGGGGGAUUUCAUCAUGUUGUAUCAAGACAGUCAAAAUCAAAACUAUGUGAUCCAGGCGAAGAAGGCAUCGGACGAAGAUGUAUAUAGUGACAUAGCUAGAAAUGGGGUGAAUGACCUGUUCCUCCAUGAUUAUGAGGUGGGUAAAUCCAGUUGCUAUUACUAUCCUACGAUGGACGAUAGUGGGUUGUCAUUUAUCUAUGACAACACCUUGACCUUCUCAAAUGACUGCCCACUUGAUUUUCUGGAUGGAUCCAUGACAAACUAUUCAAGGAUGGGACCUCUCGAAAGCUUUGGCUCCGUUGAAAACUUGUCCCUUGAUGAGUUCUAUCAACUAUAAUCACCAUGGAUACCCUUAUAAUAUUUUGUUGAACAAAAGCCUGCAUCAUGAAAUCUCAAAGGAUGGGGCCAACUUUGUCACUUUUUUGGUGUUUUUCAAGUGUUGUACUUUUUGCAUCGAAUCUCAGCAGUUACAGUGAUAGUAAUGUGCAAUGUAAAAGAAAUAAAAUAAACAUCAAGUCAAACUGGAUGUUGGUAUC